AUGUCUAUGUCAGCCGGAUUUUCAAGGAAAACCCCGUUCCAUUCUGAAGAGAUGCCACUGUCAUCAGGAAACUCCCGUUUUUCUCCCAAAAACUUGAGAAAAAGACGCAUUAUAGACGACGACGCCCCAAAGCAAUCACUGUCAAAUCCAGCAGCCCGCAAGUAUUUCCAAAGAGCUAAGCGUUUGCGUACCCCAAAAAUCGCUGGACUGAGCUUGCCGGUAUCACGAAUGAUUGAAGUUUUGGACCACAAGUCACUCCAGGAGUUGCUCCAGGCUGUGGUCAAUACCCAUCCUGAAGUCGCCCAAACCAUCUCCAAGAUUGCCCCUAGACCCACAUUAAAAGAGGCUGUGGACUUGAUGAAACUGAAGGCAGAUGAUAUCAUUGCACAUUUGCCAUAUAAAUGUGACACUGAGAGUGAUUAUUCAUAUAUUCGAAUCAAACCCUACCUCACAGAGUUUUUGCAUACCCUUUCGGAUUUUAUACUCAACUUGCUCCCGCCAAUGGAGCUGAACCUUCUGCAUGCGUGUCAGACACUUGAUGUGAUCACAUGUUUGAUGCAUAACCUUCCAAAUUUCACCAAUAACGAGUUCCAGUACACUCGAGCCACAGCAUAUGAGCAGAUUGCCAACCUGUGGUUCAUAGUGUUGGCUCAUCAUAAUGGUGACGACGCAGCAGAGCCCACUGAAGACGCAAAUGCCAUGCACAAUGUAGAAAGUCUGAUUGAAUUUGCCAAAACCUUGGAGGAGUUGGACUUGGUUAAGAAAUUGGAGAAGCAUAACGAGAUUUCACAUGGCAAGUUUCAAAAGGUCGAGGACUACGUCAAGGCAGCACUUGAUGCAUACGAACAGAUGAAUCGCUCACUUAACGGCAGCGGAUCUAUCUUCAACGACCUCAUUACGGUGGAUUACUCCAACUACUCGAUUUCUGCCAGAACUUCUCAUUAG